AUGAGGAAGAAAUUUGUACCCACACAUUACCAAAGAGAGACUCUUAACAAGCUUAGGCGUCUCAGUCAAGGUACUAAGUCUGUUAGAGAUUAUUAUCAAGAGCUGGAAACGCUUAUGAUCAGGGCUGAUCUAAGAGAAAGUGAAGACAUGGUUAUGUCAAGAUUUCUUGGAGGUUUAAACAGAGAGAUUCAAGACAAGGUAGAGUUGCAGAACUAUGAAGAUGUUCAGGAAAUGGAUAGUAAACCCGCGACAACCACCGUCAAAGAGGAAGUUAAAAUCGAUUACAAGCCCAAGAGUAGCACCUCUACAAGUCAUAUCAGGUGUUUCAAGUGCCAAGGAAUGGGGCAUUACUCAAGAGACUGUCCUAACAAGAGGAUGUUUCUUCUUCAAAAAGGAGGAGAAAUUGUGCCUGUAGAUAGUUCAGAAAGUGAACCAGAGCCUGAACUAGAUCAGGAAGGAGAAACCGCAGUCAUGGGAGAGAUGUUAGUGGCACGCAGAACUUUAAGUGUUCAGAUACUAUUAAAGUGUUCAGAUACCCAGAUGAUAGAGACCACUUCACAACCAAGACCUUAUCAGCUACAGUGGCUGAACAACAAGGGAGCUUUAACAGUUUCGCAGCAAGUGAUGGUGAAACUAGCGAUUGGGAAGAAUGAGGAUGAGUUGCUAUGUGAUGUGAUCCCAAUGAAGUCAAGUCAUAUUCUGCUGGGAAGACCAUGGCAGUUCGACAGGAGAGAUGUAUUUCCAGAAGAGAUACCUCCAGGUCUGCCGCCAAUACGUGGGAUAGAGCAUCAGAUCGACUUGGUACCUUGUUCAGUACUACCGAACAGACCCGCUUACAGAACUAAUCCAGUAGAGACUAAAGAACUUCAGAAGCAAGUAGAAGAACUGAUGAGCAAGGGACACAUCAGAGAGAGUCUUAGUCCAUGUGCAGUACCAGUGUUGCUUGUACCAAAGAAAGAUGGUUCAUGGAGGAUGUGUGUUGACUACAGAGCUAUUAACAACAUCACAGUGAAAGUGGACGAUGAGAAGGUCAAAGCUAUUAAGGAGUGGCCAACACCCCAAAACGUGGCAGAAGUGAGGAGCUUUCAUGGAUUAGCAGGAUUUUACAGGCGAUUUGUUCAAGAUUUCAGCACUAUUGCAGCGCCACUUACAGAAAUAGUCAAGAAGGAUGUAGGAUUCAGAUGGGAAGAAGCGCAAGAGAAGGCGUUUUCAACCUUAAAAGAGAAGCUUAUCACUGCCCCUAUUCUUUUACUUCCUGACUUUAUGAAAACUUUUGAAAUAGAAUGUGAUGCCUCCGGAGUGGGUAUAGGUGCUGUUCUGAUGCAGGACAGGAAACCAGUAGCUUACUUCAGUGAGAAGCUAGGAGGAGCGAU